AUGUUAUGCGUUACUGUUGGAACAACUCAAAGAUUUUUUGUCUCAAAACACGGUUGGUUUUAUUAUGGGUGUACUAAAUGUUCUUUAAAGGCAUCUGAUGUGAACAAUCCAUACAAAUGUUCAUGUGGACAGAAUGUAGAACAUGCCAUACCAAGGUAUCGAGUUGACAUAUAUGUAGUUGAUGGUGAUUCCAAAUUUCGCUUUGUGUUUUGGGACACUGACUGUGCCGACAUUAUUGGAAAGUCUGCUGAUAGUAUUUAUAAAGCAAUGCUUGAGGAAGGUGACGACGACCCAAUGAUAUAUCCAGAUGAUCUUGACAUGCUACAUGGUAAAAAGAUGGCGUUUAGGGCUAAAGUUCAGCCAACAUUUGGCCAAGCAUCUGUUUGGAAACUUUCUUAUGAUGAAGAGUUUGUAAAGGAAAUUGAGAAAGAUUAUAUUACUGAUGAAGGAGAUAGCAAAUCUUUAAACCAAAACCCAGUUGUUGAUCGUGUUGAUGAAUCCAUUGAGUCGUUGUCAGCAUAUGGAGAAAAUGAUCCUGAUAAAAUUGUGACCAAUACUCCAUCCAAAGGAAGUCCUGUUUAUCUUGAUGCUGUAGAUUCUGAAUUACAAGCGUAUGGUACUACCCAGCUCUCAGGAACCAAGCCUGCAAAGAAAGUUAAGAUUGAAUCUGAUGCAUGA